UGACCCCGUAACCAAAUACUGUGACGUAACUCCUGUGGCGAAGAUGUCAUUUGUUUCGUACUGCGUCCUAAGAAGGACCCGGCAAAUCGUUAUUAACGCUAGCCUACAAAGACAUUUGGAUUAUCAUCCACAAAGAGACCACCUAAAGUGCACAUGGAAUGCCUCUCAACUCGUCACAAGGCACCAACACACACAGGCACUCUCGUCAUUAGACGAUGGGGGCAGCAGGGGUCCGCUCGAUCGUUAUAACAGCCUGAUUGAACGUGGAGCAUUGAAAAACGAUGAUCACCAGAGGGAGGUGGUAACCCGGUUACAACAACUGCAUGAUACUGUUAGUGGCUACCAGCCAGAAGAGCUUGGGUUCUUUGAGAAGGUCCUAGGGAAGAGGCCUAGACCAGCGCCCGCAGGUCUGUACCUGUAUGGCAGUGUAGGAACGGGGAAGACCAUGCUGAUGGACUUGUUCUAUGAAGACGUGGCUGUAGCUCAGAAGUUGAGGAUCCAUUUCAAUUCAUUCAUGUUGGAUGUUCAUAAAAGAAUUCAUGAGAUCAAGAAACAGAUGCCUAAGGAUAGGGACAGCACCAAACCUCAGGCAUUCGAUCCCAUCUCACCAGUAGCUGAGGAGAUCAGCAAAGAGACAUGGAUGCUGUGCUUUGAUGAGUUCCAGGUGACCGACAUAGCUGACGCAAUGAUACUCAAGCGUCUCUUCAUACAGCUCUUCAAUAACGGUGUGGUUGUCGUGGCAACAUCCAACAGGCAUCCGGACGACCUCUACAAGAAUGGUCUUCAACGAAGCAACUUUGUCCCUUUCAUACCGAUAUUAAAGAAUCACUGUGAUGUUUUAAAUCUAGACUCUGGAAUAGACUACAGAAAAUUAUCUGGUCUUCCUGUGGAUGGUCAGGUAUACCUCAACCAAUCAGAGUGCGAUGCAGCCAAUAUAUGUGAACAAUUGUUUGCAAAGAUGUGCACUAAACAAGGGAAAGAAGUGACAGAGAGGACAUUGAGAAUACUUGGCCGAGAUGUGAGGAUACCAAGGGCAUGUGGAAGGAUAGCUAGCUUUACUUUUGAUGAUCUUUGUUUGAAGGCAUUGGGAGCUGGGGACUACCUUGCCAUUGGUCAUAACUUUGAUAUAGUGUUUGUACACAACAUACCUCAGAUGUCACUCAGAUCAAAGUCAGCAGCCAGACGAUUCAUCACGAUGAUUGAUAACUUCUAUGAUUUAAAGGUUAGACUGAUCUGCAGUGCUGAGGUACCGGUGGAAGAUCUCUUUGUAACGGGUGCCAUGACACAAAAAGAUAUGGAAGACAACUUCAUGCUCAUGGACGACCUCAACAUACAGAGGGGGUCCGAGCUCUCUCAAGCAAGCAUCUUCACCGGAGAGGAGGAGCUCUUCGCCUUCCAGAGGACCAUCUCACGCCUCACCGAGAUGCAGACGGAGGAUUACUGGAGCAUCUCGGAGGAGGAGAAACAGGAGAAACUCAAGAGGAGAAAGAAAACAAAAGAAGAAGAGAAGAAGGCCUUAUGACGAUAACAAGGCUAUGAGAUUUUAUCUAGACAUUUCUAUUUUAAUUACUUGAUGGAUUUAUGAGAUAUUUUUAACCACCAAAGCUACUUAAACAGGCUGGACAUUAUAGGCUCAUGAAAACCAUCAGGGCAUUUAUUCUAUGUAAACCAAAGGUGCUAUAACACCCUUUUAAUACAAGAACUCUAAAUAAACCUGGCUUUUUGCAAUACAUCCACAUACGUGAUUUAUGAUUUAGUAGCCACUUUUAAACUCUUGGGCGGUAUUCUAAGAUUAAUUUUUAUCUCAGAUAAAGUCCCAGUUUUUAUCUCAAUAAGAUGAAAUACUGUUACAGUUUUUCAAUUGAACUAAGUAUUAUAAAAACUGUUUUAUCUUAAUCUCAUCUCACUAAAACAUGCCCAUUUGUGAUGCGCUAACCAACAAAAAAAUGCUGUUAGAUUUCACUCUCUUCAUGUUCAACAAAAAGAGUCACGGUCUGCAGGUCUCUUGGGCAAGAGUGAAAAUUCAUAAAUUUUUGCAAUUUUUACUAUGCGUGCCUGCCUCAAAGUGCAAAUACUUUUUUGCUAAAUUUUCUUCGAAAAUGACUGAGGUAGUUUCAGAGGCUUUUCAAGUAUGAUAGUAGUCAUCAAAACUCAUUAAAUAUAACGUAUUAACAUUAAUCAUGUUGCAUGAGACAUGUAGUCUGCACUCAAAUUUUUUUUUAAAUGUUGUAACUAGCUGCAUAUUUUAAAACAUAUGUUAUACUUACCAUGCAUCCUGGAGAUAAAAUAGCCCUUACCCUAUUCUAACUUUUACGUUAUCUUUCAUGUAAUACGUAUGUUUUAUCUUUCACAUGAAAUAAGAUGGACAUUAGCGUUUAAGUCGUGCAUAUCAUGAGUAUAGGCCUUACUGUAAUGGGCACGCAAGAAGACAUUAAGAUAAAAAAUGAAAGACAAAAUCUGAGAAAACAGUGGUCUCAGAAUACUGAUUAUAUUAUAAAGAUAAAAUAAAAUAUUUUAGAGGUAAAAUAGGUCUCAGAAUACCGCCCAUGGAUUUUCCUAAGCAGGAACAUUAUGAACACUUUUCAAACAAAGAACUGUCCAAAUUUUUUACCCAUUCUGUGAUCUGAAAUACCCCUCUGAUGUUCCAGCCUCAGGAAAUUUAUUUUAAAAAGAUUAAUAACCUUUAAUAAAACAAUUUACAGUAAGCACUAGGCGCCUUAGAUUGCAGAAAAAAUGGCUUAUAUAUUUUAUAUAUUUCCUUGUGAAAUAUGACAUUUCAUCCCCUUCCGAACCCCACCCACUGUAUACACUCUAUGUAUGGUUCUUCUAUUAGAUAGAGGAUGCUAGUGUUUCGCAAGACCGCUCAAUCGUAAAAAUUGAAGUCCACUCUCUAAUGGAUAACACUCUAUGCGGCUAAAUAAAAAAAUGGCGCACAUUCUCUACGAGAACCCACAGUGCAGUGUCUUCGUCCCUAAAACUUUGACAUGUUUUGUACAAUAAUAGCAAAAAUAAGAAUGAUAAUGAUAUUAAUGACAAAGAUUAUAAUCAUAAUGUUCAUAUUACAUUCUUAUUUAUCUAGAUUAACAUCAGUAUUGAUAGUUUUCUUUGUGAGGUCCUGGCAACUAUUAUCACCCCAGCUUUAUUUGUUAUAAUUGACCCUACCUGAAUGUAAAAGCAUUUCCACCCUUUGCAAAUUGCUUUACGUGAGUUUACUUUACCCCUGUGAAUCCAGGUCUAGACGGUUCACUUUUUAUCAAUAUAAAAUGUUUGAGACUAUGAUGUAUGCAAAGGGCAUUUUAAUAAACCAUCUGAAAUCGUUUUGAUUUUAAUGUUUUUAAAUGUAUAAUAAUUGGCCUUACUGUUAUGAUGUUGAUAAAUGAAUUUCAAAGAAUCCCGCCCCCCCCCCCCUUCUCCCACUCAGUGUUAUUUAGGGUACGUGUAUGCAUGUUCCCUCUUUUUGAAAGAACUCCCCUAUCUCCGGUGUGAAAGUCAAUGGCAAGUCGGUCUUGGUCACACAAAAAAGUACCCCUUUACCAGAGAUUUUGGGAACACGUAUGCGGUCCCUCCGACCCCGGAGUGGUUGGGGGGGGGGGGGGAAGAAUAUCUGCCAUCCUGCCAAGAAUUGUUAUCGAUGAGGCAUCAUAUAUAUAUAUAUGUAUAUGUAUUGUUUGGAGCGUGAGAGUAUACUAUUAAUACUAUGUAAAUUAAAACAUGAACUCCUGCUUGUGAUGCAAGUAUGGUUAAAAUUAAAACCUGAUUUCAAAGUGA